AUGACUAAGGGAGACUCUUCCUGCGGAAAUAAGUGUGCAUGUAGGAGGGAUAAAGAAGCAGAGGCUACCAGAGGAUAUCCAGGCAAAGAUAUAAAGCCCAGCUUGGUAUCCAACUCUCAGAUCAAUCGAUCUCAAACCGCUGCUACUCGUGUACCAAUAGAGCUAAAACGGCCGAAAAUGUCAGUUUCUAAGCCAACACAGCAUUCACUGGGAUGUUUUGGAAAGCUUCCGCUCGAACUAUUGACGAUAAUUGCAAAAAACCUCGAAACUGUGGAUCAAGUCAGAUUCAUUUUUAGCACCCACAAGAGUCUUCGCCAGCUAGGAACAGUGCCAACAAUCUGGGAGAACCUAUUGAUUCAUGAGAAACCUAGGCGAAAUAUUUGCAGAGGCUUCUCUGAUAAAAUAGUUCCGAAUCUCCCAGGAGGGUGCGUUAGAAAUCUAUCUAUCCACUGUAUUGGUGGCAAGAAUCAUACAUACCAACCUCUUAAUCUCCUUCGAGAGCUUAGGCUCCAUGACCAAACUUUGUUCUCCCUCACCCUUAGCGGUAGCCAGAAAAGUGUUCAUGAGAGUCUACUUGCCAUAACGUUAGACGACAUCACCGACCUCGGAAAGCUCUUGAGCGGGCUUAAAACCCUCAUAGCCCAUCCAAAUGCUAAUCAAGCAAGUAAAAACAUUCGCCCGGACCAGCUGAUUACUCUUUUUCAGCUCCUACCCAAUCUCGAAACUCUUAUUUUAGAAAACCUCAAGAAUAUAUCAAAGCCACUCUGCGGUAUGGACCUCUACGGUGACAUGCUCGGAAACUUCUUUCCAGUCCUAGAAAAACUUCAUAUGGGGACAAUCAGAGACGUCAGGGAUUGCACUAGAGACGUGUAUUGUCCCCUUCCGAAGCUCAAGGAUUUCAGCGCCACCUAUUCUGGCGUCCGAGGUGAUGAAAUCUCGAAGUUUUUCUUCGACCUCGUUGAAGGAUCGCCAGAUAUCCAGGAAAUAAGCUUCUGCUGCCUGCGCUCUAGCUACUGGAAUCUCCUCUGUACGGCUAAACUGUAUGGACGGCCGAUGAAGAGUCCAAACUUGAAGCAGAUCCGCCUUGGGGGUUGGGGUAUCCUGGAGGAGGAUAUGGACGGGGACUGGUUUUAUGAAGAUAUCUGGCAGAGGCCAUAUAUCCAACCAAAAUGGCGGGGUUGUUGUUGA